CAUGAUCCUUACUAUUGAGUAAUAGAGGACCACUUUUUAUAAGAGAAAAUUGUGUCACAAAACAUACUAAGUGAAAUCUACAACAUCUUCAACAAUGAAUUCUAAGAAAAUAAUUUAUAUACUUAGUUGUUUCAAUCUUUUUGUGACAUUUAUAUUCAUUCAAGUCUCAAGUGAAAAUGUUUAUAACUCAAAGAAAUGUGUGUACCCUGCAAUUUAUAACUUUGGUGACUCAAAUUCAGAUACUGGAGCUGUAUAUGCAACAUUCACAUCUGUUCAACCUCCUAAUGGUAUAAGCUUCUUUGGAAGCCUUUCUGGAAGAGCUUCUGAUGGCCGUCUUAUCAUCGAUUAUAUCACUGAAGAAUUGAAGCUACCAUAUCUAAGUGCAUAUUUGAACUCAGUUGGAUCAAAUUACAGGCAUGGUGCUAACUUUGCAGUAGGCGGUGCAUCGAUUCGUCCUGGUGGUUAUAGUCCAAUCAACCUUGGUCUUCAAGUAUCUCAGUUCAUAUUGUUCAAGUCACACAGCAAUAUUCUCUUCAAUCAACUAUCUGACAACAGGACAGAACCACCUUUCAGAAGUGGUCUUCCAAGGAAUGAGGAAUUCUCUAAGGCUCUUUACACAAUUGAUAUUGGGCAAAAUGAUCUUGCCAUUGGUUUGCAGCACACUUCAGAGGACCAAGUUAUAAGCUCAAUUCCUGAUAUCUUGAGCCAAUUCUCGCAAGCAGUUCAGCAAUUAUACAAUGAAGGUGCAAGAGUGUUUUGGAUUCACAAUGUAGGACCAAUUGGAUGCUUGCCCUAUGAUUACAUCUAUUAUCAACACAAGGAGGGUAACUUGGAUGCCAAUGGCUGUGUUAAACCUCACAAUGAGAUUGCUCAAGAAUUCAAUAGGCAACUAAAGGACCAAGUUUUUCAGUUAAGGAGAAAGUUUUCAUUAGCCAAAUUUACAUAUGUUGAUGUGUACACAGCCAAAUAUAAACUUAUCAGCAAUGCAAAGAGUUUAGGUUUUGCAAGUCCAUUGGAAUUCUGCUGUGGAAGUUACUAUGGUUACCAUAUAAAUUGUGGGAAGAAGGCCAUAAUAAAUGGAACAAUUUAUGGCAAUCCAUGUAAAAAUCCUUCUCAACAUAUUAGUUGGGAUGGUAUACAUUACUCACAAGCUGCAAAUCAAUGGGUUGCUAAACAAAUUCUCUAUGGAUUCUUCUCUGAUCCAUCAGUUUCAAUUGAGAAGGCAUGUUAGUUUCUGAGCAUGAAUGAUUCAAUGGAUUGAUUAUAUUGUACUUUACCAUAUAAAGUGUACUUAAUUAAGGCUAAUCAAAAUGAUGAUUUUGGAA